AUGAUAGCCCUCCUGAACAAGGACUUCAACAAGCGGUCAGCGCCAAACAGCCAAGAAGUAUGGAACCACCAUGUUUGCAACCAACUGGACGUUACAGACGAACUGCGGAAUCAGCUACGGGAAAAAGAAGAAUCCCAGCCCGAACGGAGUGCCAACCAAGCUCUUCAUCCCUCCGGCGUCUAUAAAUUGGUCACACUCGUCGUGCAGGAUAAAGACUUUGUUCUGAACGUGUCUCAGUGA